AUGGGCGGCUCGAUCCUUUCCUACAACACCGCCUUUACUUUUAUUAUAAUUAUUGGGAUGGGUGGUGUUGGUCACUUUUCCCGCCCUCUUGUCAGUAUUUUUCUUUUGAUGAAGAAUGGCAUUUCGGAGGUGGUGGGAGCUAGCGGUGUAUCCUUCAUUCCAGGUGUCGGCUUUGAGUUUCCCUCAGGGUUCUAUUCUGAGGCAGCAAUAUCAGUUACUCAAAUUUUGAUUCCAACAACUUGUCACCAAUAUCUGCUGUGUGCGCUGAAGUUGAAUAUCAAAUGA